GGCUUUUGUAAUUCAGGAAAUGUCAUGCCUACCCUGGCUACAAACUGCUGAUGUUUCAACUCUCGGCGCUGCGGCGACGCUCGCCUUAGUUCUCACUUACAAGCAGCUCACUCGCUCCCGGAGCACCGUCUUCGGUCCCCACACGAAAUUUUGGAACACCAGAGCCACCACGCAAAGGUGAAGCUGAAAUGGGAUCACUACAUGCACCGUUCGUAGCAAACGAAGGAGGGUAUGGAAAAAUCGACGCUUCGAAACAGGAGGGUGGCGAAUGCGCGAUCUAUUUCUCCCACGAUGAAGAAUCCAAAAAGCUGCUUGCCUACGAUCACAGCAAAAAAGAAUGCUGGGAGGAGGAGAUCGUCGGCACCUGCUCAUUCUGGCAGGCGACAACGAAUACAGUUGCACUCUUGUUCGGAAUGGGCAUGCUAGCAGUACCUUACGCAGCUCAGCAGGGAGGGUGGACGAGCUUGAGUCUCCUCCUCGUCUUCGCAGCCAUGAGUUGCUACACGGGAUAUCUACUGGGAAAGUGUAUGAAGCUAAAUCCACAGCUUCUAAGCUACCAGGAUAUUGCCGGAUCAGCCAUUGGGAUGAGAGGGAGAUUUAUCUUCACUCUCUGCCUGUACGUCGAAAUCCUCGCCUGCUUGAUCGGAUUCGCCAUCUCUAUCGGAGACAAUCUUGCUCAACUGUUUCCAGCUCUGGACAUACAAAUCUUUGGGUUGCACCUGAAGCCAUCCCAAUUUCUACUGACCGUCUCUCUGUUGAUUGUUUCUCCCACGGUCUUGAUGCGGGACCUCGCCCUCGUGUCCUACCUCUCCUUGGGUGGCGUCGUGUCGUCAUUGGUCGUUGUGGGAGCCGUGGUAUGGACAGGCGUGUUCGGAGGUGUUGGAUUCACUCAUACGAUUCCAGCUCUUCAAUUCGGGAAAUGGCCUUUAAUUGUUGGACUGUACGCUUUCUGCUACUCGGGGCAAGUGAUCAUCCCAAACAUCUACAGCUCCAUGAAGGAUCCGUCAAGAUUCACAUCGAUGCUGUUAGUGAGCUUCACCAUAGCGACAAUCGUCUACGGAGGACUCGCAGUGAUGGGAGCCGUGAUGUUUGGAGACCAAACACUUGCACUAAUCACGUUGAACAUUCCAAGAGAUCUGACUGUGGGCACCGUCGUGCUUUGGACCACGGUGGUGACUCCUCUGUCCAAAUUUUCGCUCGGCAUAGCACCCAUCGCACUAGAACUGGAAGGAUUACUCCCCUUCAGUUUCGGUCCCAAAACCAUCGUGGCCGCCGGAUCUGUCAUUAGACUCGGCCUUCUCUUCCUCAUUCUUUGCGUCGCCAUCGGGGUGCCUUAUUUCGGCCUAGCGCUGUCGUUCAUCGGAUCCGCAAUUUCCAUAGGCAUGUCUGUCAUUUUUCCUUGCGUCUUCUAUCUCAUUCUGCACAGAAGAACGAUGUCGAAGGCCCACCUCAUGACCAAUGUACUCAUCAUUGUGGCGGCCUCUGCAUUUGCUGUAAUUGGCACGUGGUCGUCUGCGACGACGGCUGAAUAAUCAGUUCUCCAUCUGCAUCACUUCACAAGUCAAGCCUCGUCCUUGUUAGACACGAUGAGCAUCAUAGUCUAGACACCGGCAAUUGGAAUUGCAUCUUGCAGAGUUGGCUGCCAAGGUUCGGAUUUUUAGUUUAUAAUGUAGGACCUCGUUCCCUACCAGAUUCAGGGGAAUAAUCAAAUUCUUGUACCAAACAUUUUACAGUUGUAACAUAUGAUGACGACUAGAUCGAUCGAUAGCGAACUCUUAAGGCUCAGUUGCUCACAAUGCGUGCCUGUCCACAAGCUCAACUUGCAGGAGGGACGUCCAUAACGAAUUAGCAACAGGGGCGAUAGUAUCAUAGAGAGGCCAGGACAGGAUUUAUGAUCCUAGUAGGAAUAGAGAGCAUAGCCUGUACAAAUAAACGCAAUAAUCUCUCCCUGAUUAGUGCAGGUUAGUGGAAUUUCCAGUUGAAGGUAUACAAUAGAGUGUAAGCAAUCUUGGCUUCACAAAGUAGUCAGUUGCAAAGUAGAAGGUCACCUAGAUCGUAAGUAGGUUUGGCUUUGUAGAGUAGAUAGUUCCUUGGGCGAAGACUUACCGAAGAGUGAAGAAAUGCUUCACUCUUUUUUUUUUGACAACCGAGAUUCAUUUCUGU